AUGGACAUGACCCGAGAGGCAGCCGCCGCUGUCGAUCCAAGAAAAGUGUUGAACCAAGCAUACGCGAACAACGCCGGAGUACAAGGCUCGUCCACAGCUUGCAUCCUCAGCCUCAACAAAGAGCGUGGGGCACUGCACGCCGUGAAUGUCGGGGACAGCGGCUUCAUGGUGUUCAGGGACAGCAGAUGCUUGUACAAGUCUCCACCUCAGCAACGCAUGUUUAACUGUCCGUACCAGUUGGGGAACUACGUCGGCUACGACCGUCCCAAGGCGGCCCUGGAGUUGGUGAUGGAGGCAGUCCCGGGGGACAUCAUAGUGCUUGGGACAGAUGGGUUGUUGGACAACAUGUUUCCGAGUGAGAUUGAGGAUGUUCUUGUGGCGUAUAGAGGAAGCGGUCGGGAUUGUGAGGAGUUGGCUUCCGCCAUAGCCAACCUGGCGCUGUUUAACUCGUUGGACAAGUACAGCGUUAGCCCUUUUCAGAUAGAGGCUGAGAAGGCGGGGGUGGAGCACGCGGGAGGCAAGAUCGACGACAUCACUGUUGUUGUCGCCCAAGUUGUGGCUUCUAGUACCUCCUUCACUACACCAGCUAGCUUAGGUUUCGGUUUUGAACGCACAAAUACGAAGAGAAAAAGAGAAGACUAUAUAUAG